UCGGGCGGCCUGUAGAGAAGAGUGGGGAGCGGCUCUGCCCACCAGCGUCUGGGCUGUAGCUGCCGACGUUUGCUUGGGGUAGCGAUACGGCCCCUAGCAUGUGAAGGGUGUGCGCUUCCCAAGAAUGAAGGGAGAGGGAAAUCUGGACUUUGAAGGGCUGGAAAACGAGUUGUGGUUCUGCCACUUGGUGGCUAGAGAGCGUGAGCAAGUCGAUUCACCUCUUUAAACCUGCCUUACCUCAGUUUUCCAAAGAGGGCUGACGUCGCUGAGCGCUCUGAAAUGUGGGGAGAGGCCAGGGCGAAGUUGCUGCAGGUGCUGUCAGCCCCACGGUGGUGAGCUGAGGACGAUUUUAAGAAAGGCAUCAAAUAAUGUCAUCUGAAAUAUUGCCAGCAUUUAGUGAGACUUCUAAUGUUGAAAGAAAGCAAGACUUAAAUGAAGACCAAGAGGAGAAUCAGAAACCAGGAUUAGGUGAAGGGUUUGAACCAAUAUCUAAACGGCAAAUGAAGAAGCUAAUGAAACAGAAACAAUGGGAAGAACAAAGAGAACUCCGCAAACAAAAGCGGAAGGAAAAACGCAAGAGAAAGCAAUUAGAGCGACAGUGUCAACUGGAAUCAAACUCAGAAGGAAGUGACAGAAAACGUAUUCGGAGAGAUGUUGUUUACAGCCCACUCCGCCUUAUCAUUGACUGCAGUUUUGAUAGCUUGAUGGCAUUAAAGGACAUUAAGAAACUUCAUAAGCAGAUUCAACGAUGUUAUGCAGAAAAUCGACGAGCACUGCAUCCUGUGCAGUUUUACUUGACAAGCCAUGGAGGCCAGUUGAAAAAGAACAUGGAUGAAAAUGACAAAGGAUGGGUCAACUGGAAGGAUAUCCACAUCAAACCAGAGCACUAUAGUGAAUUCAUACAGAAAGAAGACCUGAUUUAUCUUACAUCAGAUUCACCUAAUGUACUAAAGGAAUUAGAUGAAUCAAAGGCCUAUGUGAUUGGAGGAUUAGUAGAUCACAACCAUCACAAGGGACUCACAUAUAAGCAAGCAUCAGAACAUGGAAUUGAUCAUGCACAGCUCCCCCUUGGAAAUUUUGUGAAGAUGAAUAGUAGAAAAGUUUUGGCAAUUAAUCAUGUGUUUGAGAUUAUUCUGGAAUACCUAGAAACAAGAGACUGGCAAGAAGCAUUUUUCACUAUCUUACCCCAAAGAAAAGGAGCUGUUCCCACAGACAAAGCCUGUGAAAGUUCUUCACAUGACAAGAAGUUCGCCAGAGUUGAAGGUGGAUUGAACAGUGAUUCCAGUGAGGAGGAAAAUAGAAAUGAACUAGAUUCACCACAUAAGGAAGAAAAGCAGGAUAAAGAAAAUAGCACUGAAUCUACAGUGAACUCUAUACUACACUAAUGUCAUUUUUUUUUAAGUUUAAGGAAAAUUAGGAGAAAAUGAAUAUAGAAUUUCAUAGAAUACUUCAUAGAAUAUUUGAAAUGGAAGAAACUUUAAUUUUCUCUUAUUUCUGUUAUGAAUUUUUUAAACUUUCUUUUUUUAGAACUAAGUGAUAAAAAGCACUAAAAAAGCAUUUUUUUGUUUUUGCAUAAGAUUUAAAUGUAUAAUUUAAAAAAUAAUUUUCUAAGCCUCAAAUAAGCAUUUCUUGAGAAUUUUACCUUAUUAGUAAACCUUCAUUCUCUUUUAUUUACAAGAUUGUAUUCUUCAGAAUGUGCCUUCUGACCUUUCAGUUUUAUUAUUAUAUGUUUAUAUCAAUGUCUUUCUGAUUUAUUGCCUAUUUAUUUAUGGAGGCAGAUAUCCUAAAACUCGUUUAAGUCUACCAAAAUGUUCUGUAUGGGUGGUUACCUUCUAUUUGCAGCUUUUAUAUUCAAUUUAGUUACUUCAAAGGAAUAUAGUGAUUUUAGGAAUAAGCACUGGAUUAAGAAACUCAAGAAUUGAUUUCUUUUGGACUACGGAGCCCAUCUCUGUUCUUCCUUUGUAAUGCCUUUGUGGUUCUAAAGCAAUCAAUCACUGAAGAGUUAAGACUCUCUUUAAUAUAUUUUCUUAAUUUCAAUAAUGGUAAAUUAUUUCAAUUACAAAAUUUAAUUUUUUAGGCUAUAUUAUUUUAAAAGGCUGUUGAAGGAUCAAUUUUGUCAU